AUGAGGGCGUGCGUGCUGCUGACUCUCGCUGCUACUGUCACGGCGGGUCUGCAGCCCUUCGGCUUUGAACGCUACCAAUUACAGUCGCAAGACCUGCAACAUCUACAUCCGGCCGAUACAGUACUCUUCGGCUUUGGAGACUCCACCCGGACCGUGAACCAGACCUCUCGCUGCAAGGUCUUCCCGGGUGAUAGUGCAUGGCCCAGCCCUCGCAUAUGGGACCUGCUCAACCAAGUCACCGGCCAUGACUUCUCAGGUAAAUCCGGGGGCGCAGGAGCUCUCAGCAUCUGGACCCAUAAUCUAAAGGGGAUCCAGUACGUUCCGUCCUAUAAUGCAUCAGGCACCGACUGGACCGGUGCUGCAUUCAAGAUCGGUGCCGGUAUCCAAGCCUAUGAGAUCUACAAAGCGGCUCAGGACCGGCAGCUGGUGGUAGUAGGAGGCGAAGGACAAACGGUGGGCGUGGCAGGCGCCUCCUUCACCGAGAACACAGAACUCUUCUGGGCGCUACGAGGCGGCGGAGGCAGCACCUUCGGCGUCGUCACCUCCGUCACUAUCAAAGCGUACCCUACCAUCCCAGUCACAACAUCGACCUUCACCUGGUCCACCGGCGCAAAGAGCAAUAUCACACACAAGAAUUUCUGGGCCGGGUUCCACGCCUACCUGAACUUGUUCAUCGAGCACUCAGACGCAGGCAUUUACUCAUAUUUCUUCAUUCUCCCCUCCAACGGCGAACUAACCUUCCUAAUGCAACCUUUUUUCGCCCCGAACAAGACCAUCACUGAAACAGAAGCACUUCUAGAGCCCUGGUUCCAACGGCUCCAUCAACUAGGAAUAAGAUUCAUCCCAAAGACCCAAUACUUUGACAACUUCUACUCAGCCUGGAACGCCUCCUUCCCACUAGAAGUUGUCGAAAAGACCCACGUAGCAACGGGCUCACGCCUCUUCCCCAAAACUAACUGGGAAGACCCCACCCGCCUAAACGCAACCUUCGAUGCCAUCAAAGCCUCCUCCCAAGCAGGCCUAACCCUCAUUGCCUUCAACAUGGCACCCCGAGGCGAACACCCAGACAACGCAGUCAAUCCCGCCUGGCGCCGGACAGUCAUGCACGCUCUCUCCAGCGUAAACUGGAGUCCCAACGCGACGGCACAGGAGAUCGCUGCCGCUCGGCACAAUUUCACCUACGGGCACAUGCAGCGCUGGCGCGAUGUUAGUCCCGGCGCUGGGUCGUAUCUGGGAGAGAGUGAUCACAUGGAACCGGGUUUCCAGCAGGCAUUUUAUGGGGAGAAUUAUGGGAAGCUUUUGAAGUUGGAGCGGGAGAUGGAUCCGGGGGAUGUGUUUUGGGCUGCUACUGCUGUUGGGAGUGAGGGGUGGAGGGUUGUUACGGAUGAUGGGUUGCCGACGGAGAAUGGGAAACUCUGUCGGGCUUAG